CCAGCCUUAAAAACUGCGUGUUUUGUGUUGUCUCUAGUUUAGUCUGACUGAACCCCUCCCCCCUUCUGGUUCAACCUACUUGUCGUAUGCCCAUUACAUGCGUGGCAAGAAGACCAGAUCCACUUACGUACACUGCUGUCGCAUAAGUUAUAUCAAUCGCAUUGAUCCCCCUUCCCGCUCACACACUCUCUGUUCGAUGUGAAGCUGUCUCAUCCCCUUUUCUUUCGUUCUUGAUUCCAUUCGACCAACAUGUCUUCCGCCAUCCAGCCGGCGGAUGGCUCCCCAUUGUUACGGCCGCGUGUCAUUGCGGCUGGAAAGAGACCGACAGAUCCCACAUCCGUUCCUUCUUUGGAUAGCUUAGAGUCAAGCGGCCACUCAACACCUGUCCCCGAAGAUGCCCCGCCCUCACUCCAUUCGAUCUCGACCGCCAGAAAACAAGCUCGAGCCCGGACACGAAUAUUUUAUACCAUUGACUAUGUGCCUCGAGUAUCUCAUUUCGACCCGAGGAGCGACUACCGGAACUUUCGCGGUUUCUACACCCUCUUUUGGAUUGCAUUGUUCAUCAUGGUCGUCACCACGGCACUUCGCAACAUCAAGGAUACUGGCUACCCGUUGAGAGUGAGGGUCUGGAGUCUGUUGUCGGAGAAUGUGUGGUCUAUGGGUAUAAGUGACCUGGCCAUGGUGGUCAGUAGUGCUGCGGUGCUACCCCUCCAUCGCUUGAUCAGAGCCGGCGGAAGCGCCCUGCGCUGGAAAGGGGCAGGCAUAGCUCUACAAAGUAUCUUCGAAGCCGCCUGGGCAUGUCUGUGGAUCAAUUGGCCUUUCAUGAUGCGCUGGACCUGGACCGCGCAAGUAUUCUUCACUCUCCAUACCUUAACCAUUUUGAUGAAAGUACAUUCAUAUGCCUUCUACAAUGGCCAUCUCAGUGAGACAGAGCGUCGCUUGUCCUCGCUCGAUAAGCCGGGUUCUGUGUCAAUGGAGGCUCCGGUGCCAUAUCCGGAUGCCUCCCCUCGGCGACAUGCUGCAACGCGGCGCCAUAGUCAACAUGCUCGGUCAGAAUCAAUUGCAGAGUUGCGCGAGGACCUAGCCACAGAGCUGACCUCUCCGAUGGGCAAUGUCACAUAUCCACAGAACCUUACGGUCCUCAACUAUGUGGAUUUCAUCUUCUGUCCCACCCUGUGCUACGAGUUGGAAUACCCGCGGAACAGUGACCGAGAUUGGAUCGAAAUCGGCCUGAAGACUCUGGCAAUCUUUGGGUGCAUUUUCCUUCUGACGCUGACUAGUGAGGAGUUCAUUCUUCCGGUCUUGAGUGAAGCCAACGUCCAGCUCCACACCGUGUCAAGUAUGACCGAAAAGGCAUUAAUCAUGGCGGAGACCAUCAGCAUGCUUCUCUUCCCUUUCAUGAUUACCUUCCUGCUUGUCUUCCUUGUAAUCUUCGAAUAUGUGCUGGGGGCUUUCGCAGAGCUGACUUGUUUUGCCGACCGUCACUUCUACUCGGAUUGGUGGAACUCAUGCGACUGGCUGGAAUUCUCCAGGGAGUGGAACAUCCCCGUGCACCACUUCCUCCGGCGCCAUGUAUACUUUCCCUCUCUCGCCAAUUUCUCCAAGCCCGUGGCCAUGUUCAUCACCUUCCUUGUCAGCGCCAUCGCUCACGAAUUGGUCAUGAGCUGUAUCACCAAGAAGCUGCGUGGCUACGGCUUCCUCGCCAUGAUGCUGCAGCUGCCCAUUGUUGCGGUCCAGCAGUCCAAGUAUUUGAAGGGGAAAACCAUUCUCAAUAACUCCUUCUUCUGGCUCUCAAUGAUCCUCGGCUUGUCCAUGAUGUGCGCGCUCUACGUCCUCGUCUGAAGUCAUGCGAUACUACAACACCCAGACUCCCAUCCGAAUAGACUCAACCCUCCAUCCACCCUGCGUUACAUCCCGCACAUAUUUCGCCCAUAAUCCCCCGGCGCUAUAACCCACACCACCCAAUAUAUACCAUAUUAUGUCCGAUCUGAUUCAGAUAACCAGCUCCCUUACUUUUCUUUCAUGUGUUAGCAAUUGCCCCUUAUAUAUGUUCUGCCACACUUAUUGCAUGAGUCGCUCACCCUCGUCCCCUUCAGCCCCGUUAUAUUCAUGGAUACAAUUCAGGU